CGCCCGUCUGGGUUGCCCUGUAAGCGCCAGCGAAGUUGCCGCGCAGUAAAGGAGCGUUCUCCUCUGCUUCACUUCCUCUGCUAGUGAGAAUCAGCUCUGUAAAAUAAAAGCAGCGAACAGAAAAACAACAACCAAGCAACCAACAAAAGGAAAAAAAAAAGAAACCAAUCCCAAAGGAAAAGCAACCCAAACCCGCCCUUCCCAAAAGAAAAGCCCAAAGUAGCGUUCAAGUGGGUCGCAGUAUGAGUUUUCUUUCAAAAAAAAAAAGAGCCUCAUGGCUCUGGUUUUACUCAAACUUACGUAUUAUUCUUAGUAAUUUGCUUCCCCACCUUGGUCUGCUGGGGUUAGGCAGGACACUCGGCCGGUUGUUUCCUUGGUGGACUGCUGUUAAGGUGGUUUCCUCGGUGGUUUUGUGUGCGGUGUGUGCUGGUUCUUGUGCAGCUGACAGGGCGUUGUGGGGUGUCCACGCUGCGUGGGGCACCUUUGCACAGCCGGUGCUGGCCCAGGUAAUGUGUUUGUGUGCAUUCGCUUCACUGGGAAGGAUGUUUUUACCUGCAGGAGCCAUGGAUGGUUGGCUUUAAAGUUGAGAUAUUUGAGACUUGCAAAGAAAAGGAGUUGGUGUUCGGUAGAGAGGUUAAACCCAGCGGAGUGGAGUUUUGCACCUUUUGGGAAUGCUGCCUGGUCUUGUUCGUGUUGUCUUAGUCCAUGCAAAUCUUCAGCUUGUUUUCGGUGCUGUGAAGAGCAACAUAUGCAACAGGGUGGUUGCUGUACUGGAAAUACAUCCAAUGAUUUGGGUUUUUCUUCCAAAUGGAAAGCUCCUUGUGCAUGAGAGAUUUAUCUGCUUCUCGGAGCAGGUGUGUUUUUGCAUGAAACUGUUUUUCAGGUGGUUACAGUUCUCUUUCUUUGUAAACUGCUGCUUGACACUGCUGUAGAUGAAAGUGUAUAGUUGAAUCCUUCUAAUAUAGGAUUGCAUGUUUCUCUUAAAGGUCUAAUAAAAAAAGAAGUCUUAUUUUCCUAAAUGCAUUUGCCAUUUUAAUGUAAGUCUGUAGAGUGUAGUUGUAUCUUUCUGACUCCUAAGUCUGUUGUUGAUGUCCUGGAAGAUGUGUGAAUAUCUGUAUUUGUUUUUAAUUCCCUUUGUUAGGGAGUUUGUGGAGGGUUUGUUAGUACUUCUUGCUCCAAGUUCGCUCUGGUAAUGGUGCUUAACAACUGAAAGCAGCUUGUUUGGGCUGUGUGAGGAGGAGGCAGUUGUCUGUUCCCAGUGAGAUUCGUUUCUGGACGGUUUUCCAAAGAAUCACCAUUUUAGUGUGAGGUGGCCUACCAAGCAGUGAAAUAGCAAAGGUUUUCCAUCCCAUCUUUAAAUACAAAAUCCGUGUGUUGCCACUUAAAAUGUUGGGCUUCUCUGUUGAGUUGUAAUCCUGGUAAGAUAAUUUUUAUCCAGGGAUGAAAAAAAAUGGGCAUUUGGUCAGGAUUUGGAUAAUGAAAUGGCAGAUUACAACUGAAAAUACAGUAUCUUGUGGGAGCUCUUCCUGUGUGCUCUGUGGAGGUGACUGCCUGGAGAUGGCUGUGAAAUGUCACUUGGUUUCAUCAGCUUGUGUGACUCUUAAAGAAUUCUUCACCUGCAACUCCAGGGAGGUUUCCUGAGGUACAGCUUAUGUUGCUUUGUUUGAGUAAGAAGAUGCACAGUUGGAGGAAGGAAUAUCAUCAAUGACGGGGAAAGGGUUUGUUAAAAUUCAGGGGUUUCAAGUACUAAUUCUCGUUCUUUGCCUUUGAAAGAGGGAUUUGUUCGCCUGUUGGUCAUGGGAAAAUUGGAAAGAGUCUUUGAAUGCUUUCUGGUUCUUUUUCAUAUUCUUUGUGGAAGACAUACUUAUGUCUUGAAACCGUUCAAAAGCUCUGCAGUGCAGUCGCCAACAAGUCCCGUAGGGAGAAGGUCUAGAAAAUGCACCCUCGUGGUUCUGGUGUGCUGGAGUGCCUUGUGGUGGUCGCAGGUUUGAACUUUCUGUAUAUACAGUUCUUUGUGGACUGUUACUGCUGUUGUGUUGCCUGCAUUGAUUUUUGCCUCCAUUUAUUCUUUAUUGCAGUCUAAAAGUUGGUUUUAAUUGGUUGCCCACAGGAUUGGCUUGGCUUCUGCUACUUGUUAAGAAAAAAACAUCUGUCUUUGCAGAUGGCCGCCUGCGUGUCCCGCGUGGAGCUGUCCGUGUCCUGCCGCAGCCUCCUCGACAAGGACCUGCGCUCCAGGUCGGACCCGCUCUGUGUCCUGCUGCAGGACGCGGGCGGCGGCCGCUGGGCUGAGCUGGAUCGCACGGAGAGGAUCAAGAACUGCCAGGACCCCGAAUUCUGCAAGAAACUGGUUGUGGAUUACUACUUUGAGAAAGUGCAGAAGCUGAAAUUCGGCGUGUAUGACAUUGAUAACAAGACCUUUGAUUUAAGUGACGAUGACUACCUGGGAGGAGUUGAAUGCACGCUGGGACAGGUUGUGUCCAGCUCUGUGUUCACCCGACCGCUGGAACUGGAGCAGGGAAAGCCAGCAGGGAAGGGCACUAUUACGAUUUCAGCAGAGGAGAUUAAAGAUACCAGGAUUGUGUACCUAGAAAUGGAAGCCCAAAACUUGGACAAAAAGGAUUUCUUAGGUAAAUCAGAUCCGUUUCUGGAGUUCUACAAGCAGGGUGAUGCUGGAACGUGGCAGCUCGUGUACAGAUCAGAGGUGAUCAAGAACAACCUAAAUCCGUGCUGGAGGAAGUUCAGUGUUCCCUUGCAGACGUUCUGUGGUGGAGAUUUUAAUAAACCUAUCAAGGUGCAGUGUUCAGACCACGACAGCGAUGGCUCCCAUGACCUGAUCGGUGCCGUGCAGACGACCCUGGUGCAGAUGCAAACAGCUGGCCCUGGCUCCCCGGUGGAAUUUGAAUGCAUUCAUCCUGAGAAAAAACAAAAGAAAAAGAGCUAUAAAAACUCUGGCAUUAUUAGGGUAAAAUCCUGCAAGAUUGAGACAGAAUAUUCCUUCCUGGACUACGUGAUGGGAGGCUGCCAGAUUAACUUCACGGUGGGUGUAGACUUCACUGCCUCCAAUGGAGAUCCCAAGUCACCAGAUUCCCUUCACUACAUCAGCCCAGAUGGGAUAAAUGAGUACCUGAUUGCCAUCUGGAGUGUGGGAAGUGUAGUCCAGGAUUAUGACACGGACAAGCUGUUUCCUGCAUUUGGGUUUGGAGCUCAGGUUCCUCCUAGCUGGCAGGUAUCUCAUGAGUUUGCGUUGAACUUCAACCCCAGCAACCCUUAUUGCCCAGGGAUCCAGGGCGUGGUGGAUGCCUACCGCCAGAUCCUGCCUCAGAUCCGACUCUACGGGCCAACCAACUUCUCUCCCAUCAUAACCCACGUGGCAAGGUUUGCAGCACACUCCAUGCAACAAGGAACUGCUGCACACUAUUAUAUCCUGCUGAUCAUCACAGACGGAGAGAUCACCGACCUGGACCAAACCAGGCAGGCGAUUGUCGAUGCCUCCAAGCUGCCCAUGUCCAUCAUUAUCGUGGGCGUUGGCACAGCUGAUUUCAAAGCCAUGGAGUUCCUGGAUGGAGACAAUGGUGUCCUGAAGUCUGUGACAGGAGAGCCAGCUGCUCGGGACAUCGUGCAGUUCGUGCCCUUCCGGCAGUUCAAAAAUGCUCCCCGGGAAGCGCUGUCCCAGGUGGUCCUGGCUGAAGUGCCCAAGCAGUUGGUGUCCUACUAUAAAUGGAAGGGGUGGCCCCCCCUGAAGCCCCCGGAAAUCAAGGCCAUGUAAUUCAGGCUGGCCUGUCCCGCUGGGUGAGGAGCUGCCUGCAGCCACGCUCUCCCUGCCACACCACGGGUGCUCGGGGCCUGGAGAUCGCACUGCUCACACCACUUCUUUCACCUGCCUGUGCUCUGAGUCUCAUCUGUCCUGUUCCCAAACGGAAGAGCUGCAAAUACGGGGAGAACCCCUGAUUGCUGGAGGUUUUUUGUCACAGAAAAAAAUGACCUUGUUGAUUUUGCACCUUGCAACAGUGUCUGGUUGUGACACAUCACACCAGGUGUCAUUGCUGUGCUGGCUCUCAGGCUGUGCACUGAGCUGCUCACAUGGCACUGCUGCAGUGCUGAGCUGCAGGGGAGAAGCGUUGCACCCCUGUUCGCUGCAACAACACUUACCAUGUGCUCCUUGAUAGGUGUUUUUCUUCUGUCAAGCUGCCUUGGAACUGGGGACCCUUCUGUCCUGGAUGUGACCAAAGACUGUUGGUUGGAUGCCUGUUGUGCCUUCCUAAAGUGCCAGUAUAUUUUUUACAUGUAGAGAUUUAUUUUUAAAUUUCAAUGACCAUGUUUUGCUAUCUUUUUUUUUAAUCACAUUUUUCUAUUAGCAAAAUUUGCUUCUGUGAUAAGCUUCUGCUUGGAGCCAUUGUUACAGCAUAAGAACAUGGCACUUUGCUUAUUUGUGGGGGAUCAGUGAGGAUUAAUCAUUAAUUAGUGGGAUGGGGUGGGAUUAAUGAGUCACAUUAGUGUGACUUAAAAAAUUCAGCAACUGGAAACACUAAAGUGAGGAUGCUUUGAGUCAUUUCAUUAUGUCACACAAGUUACAAAAUGAAGAAGUAUCUGUGGAACUCCAGAGGAGGUGCUUCCUUGUCCUUGGGAGUGUGAAGUGUGUACUGCGUGAUCUGGGGACUGGAGGUGACAGCAAAGCACAAUUGCUUUGAGCAAUGGGAUGUGAUGGUUCAUUUCAAUAUAGAGAUAAAGAAACCUGGGCUUGUCAUUGCACUACAAGUGGUCAUCACUUCCAGUUACAUAAAUCAGUAAUCUGCUUUGACUUACAUAA